AUGCUCUUCUCCAACAUUGUCGGCUUCGUCGCGGCUGCCUUCGCCGCCACCUCCAUGGUGUCCGCCGCCCCCUCGGUCGGCUCGGGUCUCUCCCAGAAGGCGCAGGACCUCACUACGCGCGACAUUGACGUCGGCGCUGCUCUGGCUGUCAACAUCGACGCCGGUGCUUGCGGUGGUCUCGGUGGCGUUCUCGUCGACCUCAAGGUCGCCAUUCACGACGCUUGCUCGCCCCUCCUCUCUAUUGGAGCCGGCGCCGAGGUCGAGCUUGGCGUCGUCGUUGACGUCCACGCCAAGGUCGUCGCUGCCCUCAAGGUAGCGAUCGACGCUUGCAACAAGAUCGCCGCCGGUGGUGCUGUCUCCGUCAGCUUGACUGUCGUUCUCGCUGUUGUCGCGGAAAUCUGCGCUAUUCUCCAGAUCCUGGUUGCCGUCCUCGCCAAGCUUACCUGUGGUUGCGUUGCUGCUGAGCUCGCCGCCCUCGUUGUCGAGGUCGAUGCUCUUCUCGCUGCCCUCCUCAAGGUCGUUCUCACCAUCGUCGGUGGCCUCGCCGCCAACCUCAUUGGCGCUCUUGUCGGCGCUCUCCACCUCGUUGGCUGCCUCGACAUCUUUGUCGCCCUCAAGUUCGUUGCCACCCUCGGUGUCUUCGGUCUCUGA